AUGACGAAGCAACCACCCACCCACACCAGAAAGAAGAGCACAACAUCCGCGUCUCUCCAUCAACCGAUCCACCGACUGGAAAUCAUGUCCCUCCCCUUCUCCUCCCACCCCCUCUUCAAACUCCGAAGAGCCAGCAUCAUCAUCGCUCUCAUCGGGAUCUUCCUCUGUGUCUGUUCCUUCAAGCCUUGGAGCGACGGAAGUCUCGUUGGCGCCGCCCUUAUCCUCGCCAUCUCAGCACUCUGUUGUGCUGCAGAUCUUUUGCGAUACGCCAUCAAGAAGGUCGAGAACCCGGACCAAGACCCUCUCUGGCCGCAGCGGAAAUGGAUGCUUGCGGAUGGGGUCCUGGCGGUGGUGUUGCAGUUUACGUUCUGGGCGGCUGCGAGUGAUCUGUCGUAUAGCGGGGAUGAUAUUGUGGUGGCUGCUUAUGGUGUUUUGGGGGCUUUGCUGUGCUCACUACUUCAUGCAUGGUGUCUUUGGAAAGAAAUUACGGCGCGGUAUAAGAAGAAGUGGCUUGCUGAGUUGGAGAGGACGCCUUGCUCGCAAUGCGGGCAUACAGAGUCCAUAGCACAAGCAGCUCAGGCGUCGCAUGGCUUUUACGACGCCGAGAGUGCUAGGCCAUUCUUGCCUACACGAGAACCCAUGAUGACGCCAGAGAGUGUAGCGUCGACCUUGGAGGAGGGGUUGCUCAUUGGAUCGGACUACAAUGGGUACGGGUCAAUUGACCCCGUUGAACCGACGUUGGUUCAGCCUGAGGAGGUCAUUGUGGGCAAGGGCAAGAAGAGCAAGAAGAGCGCUGCAAGUUCUUCGAAGAAUGUCGAAAAGUAG